UUGUAGCUGGCGUGUCGUGACGUCAACGCGAUAGUAGCAGCAGGACUCACUGAAUGCGAGCGCGAGAGGAUGGAGGCCGCAGAGCAGCAGCGGAGCUCGAGUGACGGCGCGGCCGCAAGAGGAGCGGGUUUCCCGGGAAGCGGAGGCGGAGCAGGUCCCGGUGGAGGCGCGGAGGGCGAGCGGGACAGAGAACGGGCCACUUUCGAGUGCAAUAUAUGCUUGGACACCGCCCGAGACGCGGUCAUCAGCCUCUGCGGACACCUGUUCUGUUGGCCGUGUCUACAUCAGUGGUUGGAGACGCGUCCCAGCAGACAGCAGUGUCCCGUGUGUAAAGCAGGAAUCAGUCGUGAUAAAGUGAUUCCUCUGUACGGCCGUGGAAGCAGCAGUCAAGAGGACCCCAGAUUAAAAACACCCCCUCGACCUCAGGGUCAGAGAUCAGAGCCGGAGAGCAGAGGACCAUUUCAGGGUUUUGGAGACACAGGCUUUCACAUGUCUUUCGGGAUCGGUGCUUUUCCUUUUGGUUUUUUCACCACAGUCUUUAACACCAACAACCCUUUCCACAGACCAGACGCUCAUUACGGAGCAGAUCAGCAAGCCAAUGAAAACGCAAACAACGGCAACAACUGGCAGGACUCGCUCUUCCUCUUCCUCGCCAUCUUCUUCUUCUUCUGGAUCCUGAGCGUCUGAACGAACACGCGUAUCACACACACACACACACAUGCGCAGUAUUAGCGUGAAUAGAUCAAACACUACACCAGCUGAAGAAUCUCAGCUGUAACCCUGAGAGAAGGCUUCAUGCUCAUUAAACACGUUUAUCUCCUCCUCCUCUUUACUCUAAUCAGACUUCAGUUCAUUUCCUCUGGAGUAGAUUACGCUUUACUUGCAUUUUGGGUUGUUUCUAAUCUUUUGUUGCUUUAUUGAGGAUUUUUGUAAAAUGUUCACUAAUUCAUAGAAAUAUUUUGUCAUAAAAUUAAUGUCUCAAUGCAUAAAAUGUUAAUAGUUUAAUAUAUUUAGAACUAAUAUGUAGGUUUAUUUUUUCAUUUUGAAAUCAUUUUUCAUGAUAUACCCUAAAUA